AGUUCCCCCCCCCCACGAUUUUCCCCGGUUACUAGAACUAGGACGUAGAAAUAGUUGUUUCUGCUUUGGUUGGGAACUGGAUGUCUUCUCGGAAAUUGGCACACAAAAAUCAAGUUGUCAUAGCUCGCGCGCUUGUUGAUGGGUGUUGGCAAAGCAUUAGCACUUGGCAGCAACACCCACACUGGUAACCCACUUUGCUAGGGCUAGUUAUGAAACUGUACGGUUAUUUGUUAAAGCGUGAGAUUUACCAAAUCAUUUACGUCCAGGAUGUGUAAGUUUUCUCAGUAUGAAGAUUUUCUGGCAGCCGUUACGAAGGCGUUCGAUCCGAAGGUGCUAUUUCUUACCGUCAUACCGGUCGUAGCUGGUCUCAGCACGACGCUCUAUUCGAAAUUGCUGCUCAGUGUAUUGCUGACGGAGUACGCCAACACGAUCGUCAAGUGGAUACUCGCUGAAGAUCGUCCCUUCUGGUGGCUGAACGAGACGAAGGAGUUUUCCUCCCUGAACCGUCCAAAGAUUUAUCAGAAUGAGCUUACUUGCGAACCAAGCCCGGGUAAUCCGUCCGGUCAUUUGAUGACCUCCACGACCUACCUAUUUGUGAUAUUCUCAGUUCUAGAGGAAUAUUUAGCGAAGUACGGAAGGUUCGCCAGAGUGUCACUGCGCUUCGUCUACUACAGCACGCUGUUUUUCAUAUCGAUUUCCCGCAUGUACUUCGGAUGCCAUUUCCUUCAUCAGUGCAUCUUCGGUAUCUUGCUGGGAAUCCUUAUGAGCAAGGUGUGUCUGUCCCAUCGGCUUGAAAAAUACAUUGCGAAGCAGUCGGGCAAGCGAAGAGUGGGAUUUGUAGUGCUGAUAUGCCUGGCGAUGCUUUCCCUAUACUGGGCUCAAAAGCUGUUGGGGAUCGAUCCGCAGUGGGCGGUGAAGAUGGCUUUCAAGUGGUGUGAGGAUCCGUUCUACUUGAAGCCAACCACAACACUAGUGUUUAGCGCAAUUCGCCUUACUGGGUCACUACUGGCACUGGCGGUGGUAGGACCUAUUCAAAAAGCUAAACCGCUCAACGUAAAACUAAGUAUUCCUAUGGUAAUGGCAAUGAUGGCGUUCGAAUGGAUAGCAUUGGACUUUACGCCGCGCAACUUCGGUGUGGUUGUGUACUUUUUAUACAGCUUCCUGCUUUACUUCCUAUUCACGUAUGCCUAUCUGCGCUGGGUACCGGCACUAGCGGCCGGCCAAGAUAUCCGUGCGUCGCGCAGCGAGAGAACCAAAUCUAAAUCGAACUAACAGCACCAGCAUAAACAGCCGCUAAUAAGUAAGCUAUUAAGCGUCGUUUUCCUAAACAGCAUCGAAAGGCCUGAAACACUGCUAGGGAAAACGCUUUUCCCGGCGGCAUGCACUUUGCAUUUUUUGUCAUUCCAUCACAUAUCAAUUAACAACCGUAGCAAAGUAGAGGAUAAAAAGCGCUCAAACAGAUUACCGACAAAGGUAGCAGCCACCAGCAAUCGAAAACUACUACACAAAAACUACUAGUGAAUCUACAAUUGCCUCGCACAACUACAUUCACCUACAACAUAAAACGCCUGCUCGUGUUGAUCUCUAAAUUCUAAAACAACUGUUUAUUAUGGUAUUUUUUCCAUAAAAUAUUCAAAAAUGCUGCUUGUUAAAAA